GAUGCGUUCACACCACCGCGCUGAUAUCGAUAACUUUUCCGCUGAUAUCGAUCAGCCAAUCGGCGACCAAGCGCAUGGAAGAAAUUUUGAUUUUGUAGUUAAAUUAAUUUAAUUUAAUCCAAAACUGACUGAAGUAAAGGUAAUUGCGCGAUGGAUCUCAAUGACGCAGUGCUCACCUGUGCGGUGAACAUGCAGUGGACCAAUGCGGUGGGCAUCACGGGUCGAAAACUGGCCUACAAGACGGCCACUUUGCGUCUGGUGCGGAACGAUCUUCGGGAAUUGUUUGUGGAGGUGACGCCGGAGAAACUAAAGCCGCUGAAGUUCAAACUGAAGGAUCUCAUGGUGCACAAGAAGUUCAUGGCCGAGGGCAAGGCCACCUUCAACUUCAAGGCAGAAAACUGCACCCUAUAUCUAUCGAAUGCUCCGCCUGGCACUUUGAUGUUCUUCCUGCGGACGAUCUACAUUAAAAUGAACGGAAACGAGGGAGGAUCUCAGCCGGAUGAUGCGUCCUUGCAGAAAAAACUCCGCGAGCAUCUGAUGUCCGCCAAACCAAGCAGUUUUGAAGACGUUUCUCCGGUCACCACGGCUGAGAUGAUUUUGGCGCGCAAAAAGGCGGGUUUGUUGUCCAAGGGGUCAGUGACCACGCCGUCGCCCCAGGUCGCCAAGAAGCGCCGCUUCGAGGAGCUCAAGGAGGAGAAGGAACGGGGCACCAUGCCCGCGGCCAAGAAACUAUAUCAGUCGACCACCGACGAGUCGCUGAGACUCAGUGAGGAGCAAAUGGAAGUCCUGCGGGCGUGCACCUCGGGCAAAAGUGUAUUCUUCACCGGCUCCGCCGGUACUGGCAAGAGUUUCUUGCUCCGCCGGAUUAUCUCGGCCCUGCCGCCCGAUGGAACGGUGGCCACGGCCUCCACAGGAGUGGCAGCCUGUCUGAUCGGUGGGACCACUUUGCACGCAUUCGCUGGCAUAGGAGGAGGGGACGCCACCAUGCAGCGGAGUCUGGAGCUGGCUUCCCGACCCGCGAGUGCCCAGAACUGGAGGAAGUGCAAGCGGUUGAUAAUUGACGAGAUCUCCAUGGUGGACGGACAGUUCUUUGAGAAAAUUGAAGCCGUCGCCCGUCACAUUCGCCGCAAUGAUCGACCUUUUGGCGGCAUACAGCUCAUCCUGUGCGGUGAUUUCUUGCAACUUCCUCCGGUUAUAAAGGGAGAUUUCGGAGGAGCGACCACUGCCACGCCACAGCAGCGGUUCUGCUUCCAGUCCUCCGCAUGGGAGACCUGCAUCCAGUGCGUCUACGAACUGAAGCAAGUGCAUCGGCAAUCAGAUCCGGAGUUCGUAAAGAUCCUUAACCACCUGCGAAUUGGCCAUGUGAACGAUUCCAUAACCAGUCGACUGGCAGCUACAUCGAAGCAAAAAAUUGAGGGAAACGGCAUUCUGGCCACUCAACUGUGCUCCCACACAAACGAUGCGAAUUCCAUUAACGAGUCCAAGCUGGAAAACCUCGGAGGUGACAAGAUCUUAUUCAAGGCUGAUGAUUCCGAUGCUAGCAUGACCAAGACGCUGGAUCAACAGAUUCAGGCUCCAUCUCAGUUGUACUUAAAGGUGAAUGCCCAAGUGAUGCUGCUCAAGAAUAUAAACAUAUCGAAUGGGCUAGUGAAUGGAGCUCGAGGAGUCGUUGUAAGAAUGGAGAAGGAUCUGCCAGUAGUCAGGUUCAAGAACAACCAGGAAUACAUUUGCAAGCACGAAAAGUGGAUAAUUAAAACUGCCUCAGGGAGCCAUAUAACACGACGGCAAGUUCCACUGAAGUUAGCCUGGGCGUUUUCCAUACACAAGAGUCAGGGACUAACCCUCGACUGUGUGGAGAUGUCCCUGUCCAAAGUAUUUGAGGCUGGACAGGCCUAUGUGGCCUUAUCCCGUGCGAAAUCCCUGCAAUCCAUUCGCAUCCUGGACUUUGAUGCCAAACAAGUGUGGGCCAAUCCACAGGUGCUGCAAUUCUACAAAGGAUUCCGGCGCAAGCUAAUGGACACAACCAUGAUACCAUUGGGUCCCAAAAAUAAGGACAAAAAGCCAGGAGACAAGACCGCAAAUAGCGCCCUGGCUAAGCUCAAAAAGAGUCUCAUAAACAAGCCGCUAGUCUCGAUUAGCUGAACUCAAGCGUAAUUUAAGCCCUAGUUGAAUUAUAGAAAGCAUAGAAGAAGUUUCACAGUUGCCUCAUUGGUAUAUUUUCUAAUUCUAUUCUACCUCUUUUUAACGAAAAGCAAAAUGAUUUUGGACCAGGCAUUCCUUUAAAAAAAAAAAAAGAGAAUAUAAUGCUAAUGCUUUUUGAAAUUGUCCACAUAUUCCAAAAAGUCUGAAGUAUUAUUUAGGUGCUAGUUUAUCACUAUUUUGUAAACUUAUUACAGUAUGCCUACGAAAACUAUAUUAUGAAUUUACUGGAACGACUUAACCUGGCUCUCAAUCUUGAGAACUAAUAGUUUUAAGCUAGCUUAACUUUUGUCAAAACGCAAAUAUUAAUAUUUAUUUUUAAAGAAAAAUGACUAGUAAUAAAUUCAACUAAUAUACAAAUUUA